AUGGCGGGGUUGAUGGCCAGUUCGCCUUGGUUCUGGUUGGCCGACACUGGGAUCCGGACCACGCUUCCUAUUAUUCCUGCGACUCACAACCUCAUGGACGACGACAUAUUCAGAGCCCAGUCGAGCAUCGACUAUUUCGAGUGCGAUAUCUACGUCGGCACCGGUGCUAAGGGGUGGCAACUGGUCACUGAUCCGCAGGUUCUGCUGGAUUGGGAGGCUAGGCUGUUUGCUUUCAUUGCUGAGCGCACGGCUGGUUUCAUCUGGAACCGUGACCCACUGCGCAUAUUUAGCAACACUGGCAAGCUACGGGCGCGUCGUAGCAGCAACAAAGGCAGCAGCAGGGCACCAAGCAAAGAUGCAGUACUAAAACCACCUGUGUUCUGGCGUAUUAUAGUCCCUCGCAUCUCGGGGUGGAUGAUGCACGACGAUGCAGUUGAUGACGAGUGGCUCGCCGUCUGGGUGCUGCGCGAGGCCACUAAGCAGUUCCCUGAUAUUAUUGUGUCCGUUCGCGAUGCUGACGGAGAAUUUCUGCUCGCCGAGGCAGCAAUGCAGAUUCCGCUUUGGCUCACUCCGGAAAACAGUGCAAACAGAGUGUUUAUCUACAACGGCCACCUGCAUAUUGUUCCCCUGGAUGUAUCGGGCACCGAGAACAUUUCGCUUGAGCUUGCUUUGCAGUCGCAGGCUGCAGAGAAGGAGGCAUUUGCUCGGCUCGACGAGUACCCUGAGAAACUCAAGCAGAGCGUCCACCGCAGCCGCUGCAGAGUGCCUGUAAAGGUGGCAAAGGCGCUUUCUCAGCGGCCACAGCUGAUUGCAGCGGCCACCGCGCUCUUUUACGCGCGCGAUCCCACUCAAACCAAGCUGGCAAAGCGUAUGAGGCAUUUUCCGGCCGAGCCCUCUGUAAUGACCACCGUUGCGUUUAACCGCAUCCAGUACGCAAAACUAGCGAGCCAGAGCAUCGAUGUUGACUACCAGCUGCCGAAGCCGGAAAGCCCCGAUUACAAGGCGUGUGUGAUGGGGAUGAAGAUUGAAAUUAUGUCCUUGCAAGCUGCGUCUUGCCAAUCUGCAUGGGAUUACGUCCUCUCUGAAUAUUCUGUUUGGCCAGCGUGUGGGUUCGAGAUACUAAAUGCGGAGCUCGCUAGGAUGCCAGCGCAGGCGCAGCUGUGGAGCUUACCCAGGAUAGCGACGGCGAAUGCAGUAUGGUUCUGUCUGGUCUUUCCCGUCUUCAGUGCCGCCUAUAAUCAAGGCAGACAUGCGCAUGUGAGACGAGCCACGCUGCAGCACGAAUUGAUAGGACCAUCAUGUAGGAUCCACCGGCUGCUGCCUUCCUGGCUAGACUCAGGUCUCACGGCUACAUGGCAAAAAACAUCGAUCGGCACUCCUGCGUACGCGCGGCUGGUCAGCAGUGCACUCUGGCAUGUCUCCGAGAAGGAAAGGCUCAGGACCGAUGCAAACGCAGCAUCAUCAGGUUGGCUGACUGCCGAGGCCACGCAGUCAUGCGCAAGGGCGUUGGAGAAUUCUGAGUGGGACCCGAGUACUGCUGCCGCAGCUGACGAGGAAGACGAUGAUUCUUGGCUGACAUUGCGCCCGGAGCAGCUUGAUGCGAUUAUGAGCAAGGCUGAAAGCAUUCUGCGAGAGGACCCGCUGAAGCAGGUAAUGUAG